UUGCUCGAACUUAUUUCGCCAUGUUUUUUCUUUUGUUUUGUGCUUAUUAACGAGUUUUGAUUUUUUUUAAAUUUGAGUUUUGAAUUUUCGAAAUUGAUUUUACUUAUAUUUAAACACGCAAUUAUAGUUUUUGUUUCGUGUUUUGUUUUUGGUUGUUGUUUUUUUCCCCCGGACGCAAUGUCAAGCCAUCGCGGCAACACUGUCACCAACCAGCCGCAGGCCGACGAUAAUUACAUACGACGUCCGACUGGUUUGUUCCUGACCUUAGGUCCUGGACGACGAGGGCGAAAAUAGAGAACAUAAAAAGAGGUGGAAGACGCACAGAAAAAAAGAAAAAAAAAUUAGAGACGGACGUAAAAAAAAACUAACACUACCCAAAGAUUAAAAAAAAAAAAAAGAAAUAAAAAAACAAACUAAGGGAAGAAAACGUCGAUUUACCCCUUUCGCGUAAUGAAAGGGGGCUUCGGUGUUCUCGACAGACGACAUCCCGGCCACCUGACCCAAAGCGGACGGAGGAAAUAUGAAUUUGAAGAAAUACGGCAGGCAGAACUUACUACAGAAACUCUACAACAGACAGAUAUUUGGCCAGUUCAUUCGUGGUGUGUCAGUUCACCAUGAGCCGACGAAGCAGCUAUUUUCAAAAGUGCCCGACCGUCUUGUAUUCAGCCUGUGUGACACCAUACCAAAUGUCGGAAACCAUAUACUCAUGGGAGCGACGCGCUGCGGACAGAUCCUCCUCACUUAUACGUACAGCGUCGACACCUCUACAGAUUUUGCUCCAUCGUUCUUGUACAGGUACAGGCUCCACUUUUGGCUGUUCCGGCCGGGUCGGCCUUCGGCCAAGAUAGCGGAGGUGCAGCUGUUCGAUGGUGCUCAAGUCACGGAAAUGCUCACGAUCGGCCUUGUACAAUGGCCCCACGACAACAGGAGACUUUUAGUGUUUGGAAGCUGCCAAGGGCCGAACAGCGUUGACAUCUGGGGAAGCGAUGUGGAGUUUAAAAGUUCGACUUACAUCACACUGACAACACUUCCUUCGCUGCAAGGCUGUGACAAAUGCAAACUGGUAGCCUCCACAUUCAGUGAAGACGAGAUGGCGGCGAAUUGGGAUGCGGGUGUCGGCCUGACAUGCUUUAACCACGGACUCACGAUUCACACCCACUUCUCCGCCCCUCACGUCUACACGUUCGACCCGGAGACGUGCCUAGCAUCAGAUGGCAGGAUUGUCUUCAACACCGGCUCAUUCCUCCACGUACUUUCGAUGAGCGUGGAAAAUGGUCUUGAGACGCCAACGUAUGAUCACUCAACAGUUAUUAAAAACAGGCUCACAUUUUCAUUUUUGAGAGAUCGCAACUAUUCCCUUUUCCUAAGUGAAUACUGGGAUUGCAACAUGAUUCAGUUCCUCAUCAAAAAACUCCGCCAGGGCCUUCAGAUCGAUCAGAGUCAGUUGAAUAUUUACCUGCAAUAUGCCCUUCAGAGGCAUCUCUUAAGACAUAGUGCCAUGAAAUGUAAAUUUAGGAAGGAUAAGGAUUUGAUGACUUGUGGACAGUUGGCUGUGAUGUUAUUAGAUGCCAAUAGGCCGAAGCAUAAAUGGUUUAGUUCCAAUAAUCGAGGAAGUCUACACUUGGGCGUGACGCAUUCCAAACCUGUAAAACGUUCUUUCAACGCCGACAAUGUGUAUGAUUUCAUGGAGUCAGAGGAGAUAUGCUGUGAGCCCAAGUUCAAGCUGUACCGUAGGCGUUGCCUUGCCGACAAGAUGUACGAGUUCAGGAGUGACGAGGAGCUGGUCCCGCUUGGUAAAGAGGGCAACGAAAACAUCCGUCCCGCCGAAGUGCCGAGUUUGAAAGACAACGAUUCAAAAAUGGGAGUGAACGAAAAAGACUGUGUCGGAAGGCCGCAGUUCAAGACUGCCGAGCCCAGCAUUGUCAAGGCGAUAAUCGCUGACUGGGACCUGGGCGCCGAGCCCGAGACAGAGGCUGAAAAGAGGGAGAAAGUCGUGACAGGCUUCCUAGCUGGGCUUGGCAAGGGUGGUGUUGAGAGGAAGAAGAAGUGGUCUCCGCUCAAGCCGCACAACAAGGAGCGGCCCGGCGACUGCCUACGUGUCGAUUUCAAGUCCGCCCAGGCUAGGAAUCGCAACCAGCAAAGGGCCAAAGUUGAGCUGACAGAUGAGAUGCGCAAGGAAAUCAAAUCUGGCUUAGGCCAUCAGCCCGUGACCGGAUGUUCCGUCAGAUUUGCAAGGAGCUACAUCGAAAUAGAUCAAGAAAUCACAUCGACAAUCACAGAAAUCGAAGACGAUGACAUCGGUCCGGGUUUCCAUUGUGCACUGCCAAUAUCAGCACAUGGAUCAAGCUACAGCCAGAUGGAAAUGAUAUCCAACCUGAAAGCCGAGAAACUUACGUGCCCUUUGGCCGUAGUGCGCCAGAGCAGCCUUGACAUCGAGCAGUUCUGUUUUAAAGCCGCUGAGGCGAUAUGCGAAAUGGAAGGCUAUAAGUUUUGGUUCUGCAGCGACUACGACACAGAAAUCGUCAAGGUGUGUCAAGUCACCGGUGAAGUCCUUGGCGUACUGUUUAUAAGGCUCAAUGCCGAAUACUGGGACAAGUUAUGGGACGAUGGGUUGAAAAGGAAUAGAGCGGAUUUGCGUAACUUCUACGAAACAGCAUGUCUCUACAUAUGGAACCCGUCGACUGGCGGCGUCUACCUCGAGGGCUACAAGACGCUGCGCAUGGUUCCAAUGGUUGCUGUGCGCCCUUGGUGUCCGGCCGGAAAGGAGGCGAGUAUACUUAGGCAGAGCAUUAGCUUCAUACCGUCACUCAGGCCGAGAUUCUUCAUACACACCGUCAAAGAAGGGAUGCCAAUUCUGCCAAUGAACCUCAUCCUCGAUCACGAGAACCUGAUUGGGUUCCGUCGGAUGCCUAUGGACUCAAACCAUUGACUGCCCCCUUGGCCAGGUCGAUACGAUUGCUCACCAGACGGACAAACAGUGUCCGUUCAACUUUGUUUUCUCUCUUUGUAAAGUCUUAAAGUUUUAUCCCCAUCCCUUCCAAUAAAGCAAUCCUUUUAAAAAUAUUUAAACCUCAGAAAAGGAAAAAAAAACCACUCCUCCCAUAUUGUGUGUGUUCUUUGUGUGAGAAUUUUUUAAAUAAGACGUUUAUCUCUUUUUUUUUAAAUAUUUUUAAUCAUUAUGACCAUUGAAUUUUAACGAACGUUUUUUGUAUUACCAUAAAAAAUUUAAAAAAAUACGGGGAGCAAGCCUCGCAUGAAAAAUCGACUGUACGGCCUACCCCAUUUCCCAUGUCAAACACCCAUCCAUGUAAUCACCCCUCCCCACACAGUCCUCCCCCCUUUGUAAAAAUUGUGAUAUGCGAUUGAAAAGUCUUUUCUUUUCUCAAUUUUUUUUAAAUUAUUGAAUUAAUUAAUCGAAGUGAAUUCUGUUUCUGUGAUAAAUUAGUUUUGUAUAUUAUAUAUUAUUAUUUUUUUCUCUCUCUAUCUCUUGUGUCUUGAAAUGUCCCAAUGUACUACCCACUCCUUGUUAGAUUUUUUUGUGAUGUGUGCUUAUUUAUCAUGAGUUUCUUUAUAUAAAUAUUAUAUAAUUUUUAUUUUGUAGAAAACAAAAUUUUUGUUUUCCCUUGGUGGAAAAAAAAAGAAAGGAUUGUUGAAUUUUUUUCCCCUGUAAUAACGAUGACUGUAAUUAUAUAACGAUAAUAAAUAAA